UCAAGGGCGAAGCGAAUAUUUACCACGACGGCCGUUUUUUACGCGCCUACGAUGGGUGAUAGUGCGCUUCGAGUCGGUUAGGAACUGUUAGUAGUCAGACGACUUCCGUGCCUUACAGCAGAGUAUUCUAACACGAGGUUUGUUUUUUGUUUGUUGUGAAGCGGUGUGGUGAAAGUGAAAGUUGUACGUCGUGAAGAUCGAUUAUGGCCGGUAUCCGAGCAGCUAGAUUAGGAUGCUGCGGCCUAGGACCGCGUAGGACACUGGCGUCGCGGGUGGUCCAUCACGAAACAGAAUGGGACAAAGCUCUCCCGUACAGCAAGAUCCCAGCACCGAGUGUGUUUAAGAUGCUGAAGAAUUUUGGACCAGGAGGUAGUCAGCACGACGCCGGCCUGCCGGAAGUGUACCGCUUCUUCCGGGACAGCUACGGUGAUCUGGUUCGUAUGCCGGGUUUGUUCGGCAAACGGGACAUGCUGUUGAGCUUUCAUCCGGAUGACUACGAAACGUUGUUCCGAAACGAGGGCCAAUGGCCACUGCGCCGUGGACUGGACACAUUCGGGUACUAUCGGAUGCACGUGCGUCCGGAUGUGUUCAAGGGAAAAGGUGGAUUGGUGGCUGAUCAAGGAGAAAACUGGCAAAAGUUCCGUACCGCGGUCAAUCCAGUUAUGCUGCAACCGAAAACGAUAAAGCUGUAUGUUAACAAGCUUGAUCGAGUCGCUCGGCAGAUGACCAACAUAAUGCUUCGCAUUCGGGACAACAAAAACGAGCUACCGGCGAACUUCAAACAGUGGAUAAAUCGUUGGGCGCUCGAAUCCAUGGGAGUUCUGGCAUUGGAUACCCGAUUCGGUUUACUCCACACUGAACAGUCCGUAGAAGCUCAAACGAUCGUCACUAAUCUGCAGGAGUUUUUCGAACUGACCUAUCAACUGGACGUUCUGCCUUCGGUCUGGAGAUACUACAAAACGGCAUCGUUCAAGCGGCUUAUUGCAGUGAUGGACCGAAUAACCGAAAUCGUGAGGGAAAAAAUUGAGGAGGCAGUAGCCAGAUUGGAAAGCAAUCCAUCGGCUCCCAGUGAAACACAGAGCGUGCUGGAGAAACUGCUGAAGGUUGAUCGAGAUAUUGCGUUCAUUAUGGCUUGUGAUAUGCUAAUGGCUGGAGUAGAUACGACAGGUGCUGGCAUCACAGGAGUCCUGUACUGUCUUGCCACCAAUCCGGGCAAACAGGCAAAACUGCGCGAAGAGAUCCGAACCAUUCUACCGAACAAGGACUCUGCGUUGACGCCGGAAAACAUGAGCAACCUUCCGUAUCUUCGGGCAUGCAUCAAGGAGUGCAUUCGUUUGUGCCCUCCGGUAUCGGCAAAUGUACGUGCCACAGGAAAAGACAUGGUUCUACGAGGCUACCAGGUUCCUAAAGGGACUGACGUGGCGAUGAGUUCCAUGAUCCUGCAGAACGACGAACGAUUCAUAACACGGGCCAAAGAGUUCCUCCCGGAACGGUGGCUCAAACUGGAUGACUACCCGAGCGUCCAGGAUGCCCAUCCAUUCCUAAUUCUGCCGUUCGGGUUCGGAGUGCGUACCUGCAUCGGACGGAGGCUGGCCAUGUUGGAGAUGGAGAUUCUCACCGCUCGGAUUACGCGCCUGUUUGAGUACCGGUGGCACUACGGAGAGCUGAAGAUUCGCGGCAAUUUGGUCAACAUGCCCAUCAAUGACCUUAUGUUUCAAAUGAAGGAGGUGGCCGAUUAGUUGAGAUGCUAGUCAUGCUACGUUCUGGUUGAAGUUUUAAGCAGUGGUACCUGUCAAGAAUGUGUUAUAUUAUUUUAUGUUUCUACAGAAACUAUUUUUAAGAAUAUAAGUUUAUGAGAAAAAAAUA